AAUGAUAUAAAUGCAAUGGGAACCGCUAGAUGUGUUCAGAUUCCAUCUUCUCAAGCUAUGAUGUUGCGGUGGACUUGUGCAAUGGUUGUUUGCUUGGGUUUGGGAGGAGCCCUUGCUGCAAAUUCUCAUGAGACUGGCAUAGGUUCAAAACCUGGUACUAAAGCAACUUCCUGUCCUUGUGGCAUGUCCAAGAAAGGAAGAAUCGUUGGAGGUUCCAAGGCUCUUCCAAAUGAGUAUCCAUGGAUGGUAAUGUUGGUUGAAGGCAAUACUAAAGAUGUGUUGUGUGGGGCCUCCAUCAUCAACACUAAGGUUGCUAUAACAGCCGCUCACUGCACCCAUACUUUACCUAGUGGUACAAAACUCAAUAUCAUUGCUGGAACUUCUAACGUUAAUAAGCCUGGUCAGUUUGUGCCCGUGAGGAGGUGGAUAGAACAUGAGAAAUACUACGGUCCUCAAUACGAUGCAGGAAAGACUGUCAAUGACAUCGCGCUUCUUCUAUUGGCAAAACCUCUUCAAUUCAACCCCAAUGUAGGACCACUCUGCAUGCCUACUGGCAAAUACAACAUUGAGAAUAAGUGGGUCAAACUCACUGGAUGGGGUCAGCUCGGUGGAGAACUACCUUCUACAAGACAGCUGAUGGAAGUUGAUCUUAAAGUAAUGCAAUUCAAGAGAUGCCAGAAGUUAUUCCCUCUGAAAUCUCCUCAAACACAGAUCUGUACCCAGACACCAGGCAGGAGUAGCUGUUUUGGUGACUCUGGUGGUCCACUGACUUAUUUGGAUCCUGAAACCAACAGGUACACCUUGGUAGGUCUUGUAUCUUUCGGUAGUGGAGUAUGUGACCCACAAGUACCUACUAUCUUUACAGAAGUAACAGCUUUCCUUCCUUGGAUUAAAUCGAAGAUCAAGAGUCUUGGAUGUCAAAAGGUUAGUGGCAAGAAGAGGAAAGAAUUCCGUGACAUAGUUUUAGGAGGCUGAACCAAAAUAUUAAUUAAUAUUAUUAAUAUAAUAUCUCAAUAUUGUUCAUAUAAAUAAAAAAAAUGUAGACAUUAAUCAAUUGUUUUUAUUAAACCAA